GCAUUGUGGAGAAGAAGAAGAAAUUGUUCUUGUGGAGAUUGAUCGAUGUGCAAGAGCCAUCCGUGCCAUCGGUUGUGGACAGCAAGCGUGGACGAGCCAGCGCCAUACGCAGAAGCGCCAUCUUGCCAGCACCUGACACCAGUGGCAACGUUGCAGAGCUCAGCUUGACAAGUACGGCCAAGCACUUUGUCAGCAAGUUGUCGGACAGUGACAGGAAGCAGCUGCAGUCAACGUUGCAAGGGUUGAACGGCAAGUGCAUCAAAGUCGGCACGACCUGUUCAGGGACCGAUGUUGCAAUCCCGGUCCUGGAGUGCACGUUCAGAGCGCUCUGCGAAAUGUUUCAGGUGGAGAUACAUAUUCAGCACGAGUUCUCAGUGGAAGUGGACGAUUUUAAACGCAAAUUCCUGAUGUCUGCCCAUGCCAUUGACGGCCAGUGCGGGUUUCACUUGUUCGAAGAUGUUGCAAUCUUCAACCAAGAGGAUGACCAGGAUCAUUUGUGCCACACCUGCCAAGCCAAACACAAGAUACCUGGGACAAUUGAUAUAUUGGUUGCGGGGCCUUCUUGCAAGGAUAUUUCUAAGGAGAACGUGAACAGAGCAAAAUACACUGGUUGCUGCUUGGUUGAUAGUUGCUGUGUGAAUGUUUCUACCUGA